CGCACCCUGGCUGCUUGUUCAUUUUAUUAAGCACUUCUUGCAUUCGAUGCUACAAAGUAGCAGAGGAAAGGUCUGUAUCAAGAUAAAGGGGGUGUAAUCUGGCACGUCAUCUUUGUCAAUGGGCUGCAGCCCAAUGAGCUGACAGCUUCUCUCCAGCUGCCGGGGAGCUCUGUGUGCCUGUGUGUGAUAUAAAUGUGCUGCUAGGGAAGACUCCCAGGACCACAGAUGCUGGAUGUGAGGGUUCCGUGAGCACUGGAGCAUCUGUUGCUACUGUACAGUGCAUGACAAUGCCCUAGCAACUUCUCAGCUCAGUCAUGAAGAUCAGUUCUGGAGCAAACAGGCAUUGCUCUACUUUGUCUUCGUUUGGAAUAAAUACCUAAAAUCCUCCAAUGGACAGAGCCGGUUCGAGAUGGUCUCUUAUCUCAUGUGGCUGUUUCUGCUGGGUUUUUCCAGCAUGCUGAAGAAAUCGGAAAGUUUUCACUUCAACAGCAGCCUGAAGGAAUCCUUUCAGCUCCACAACAUCACCGGAUUGUUCUCCUGGAAUAACUAUAGCCUGGCCGACUGGCAGAGCUUUGUCGGGAAGAAGAGGUAUGGAGCCGAGUCGCAGAACCCCAUGGUGAAAGCCCUUUUGAUCGUUGCCUAUUCCAUCAUCAUAUUCUUCUCACUGUUUGGGAAUGUCUUGGUGUGUCACGUCGUCAUAAAAAGCAAACGGAUGCACUCCGCCACAAGUUUGUUUAUAGUCAACCUGGCAGUGGCCGAUAUUCUGAUUACGCUGCUCAACACGCCUUUCACGCUGGCUCGUUUUGUGAACAGCACCUGGAUGUUUGGGAAAGGAAUGUGCCACGUCAGCCGCUUUGCCCAGUAUUGCUCCCUGCACGUCUCCGCUCUGACCCUUACAGCAAUUGCAGUGGACAGACACCAGGUCAUCAUGCACCCUCUAAAGCCGCGGAUAUCCACUCUCAAAGGGGUGGCUUACAUAGCUGUCAUCUGGAUAAUGGCGACGUGUUUCUCUCUGCCGCAUGCAAUUUAUCAAAAACUCUUCACCUUUGAAUACAGUGAGGAGAAUAUCCGAAGCUUGUGUCUCCCUGAUUUCCCAGAACCCUCAGAACUCUACUGGAAGUACCUGGACUUAUCCACUUUCAUCUUGCUCUACGUUCUCCCAUUGUUGAUUAUCUCUGUUGCAUACACAACUGUGGCAAAGAAGUUGUGGCUUCGGAACGCCAUCGGUGAUGUCACCACCGAGCAGUAUUUUGCUCUCCGCCGUAAAAAGAAGAAGACCAUAAAAAUGUUGAUGCUUGUGGUGAUUCUCUACGCAGUCUGCUGGUUCCCUUUGAACUGUUACGUAGUUCUCCUCUCUAGCCAAAUCAUUCGCACUAACAAUGCCAUUUACUUUGCAUUUCACUGGUUUGCCAUGAGUAGCACUUGCUACAACCCAUUUAUAUAUUGUUGGCUUAAUGACAAUUUUCGAUCAGAGUUGAAAGCCUUACUCAACAUGUGCAAGAAACACAACGGGCCACAGGAGGACAUGCUGCCAUCUAACCUCCCUUCAUAUAGAGUUGCCUGGCCUGAAAGUAGAAGCUUCAAGAGGUCACUAGUGUCAAACACCCUACCAUCGUCCUCUAACAUCCAGUCUGGAAAGACUGAUAUCUCCGCAGUGGAACCCAUCGUAUCUGUUGGCUGAUCUUACUUGCCGUUGUUUUUAGGAGAGGACCACCUAAUGUACUCGUCCGGUCCAGUGUGUCCAUCGGUGCUUCAAAAAAAUCCCAUGACAUUAUUCUUGAAUGUAUUUCACAAUGGGAUGCUUAACUUAAUGAGUAAAAACAUGUAUUGGGAAAAGAAAAUAUGUUGUUACAGCUAGAAGAGUUAGAAGACCCCGUUCAGAAAAGGUUCCAAGACUGGAUGUCAAUAACAUAUGGUGUUAGGACCGGGCAUGAUGAACCUAACAUUUGCAGAGAUUACAGAGAAAUUCUCUGUGCUUUGUGUUAUCCGCAACAGCAGGAAAGACAACUGUGCCUCCUCGUUACAUGUAAUCACUUUGUAAAGGGCGCAUUUGCUUAGUGUCUGCUGUAAUUUCAUUAUUUUGCUAUUUUUUUAUUUGUACAAAUGUAAUUCGCAAAGUCAUUGAAAAUCUCUACAGUGAAGAAAAGCAGAUCAUUUAUAAAUAAAGCUAUGUAAUUAUAAUAA